AUGGGAGACUACUAUUAUCAGGACACUGUAGUAGUGGCAAUUAAAGGCUUCGAAAUUGAAAUGCUGAAGAUCCAGACUUUCUUCACAACUAUUGAUUUCUCAAACAACACUUUCAGAGGAGAGAUUCCAAACGUAAUCGGUAGGCUUAAGUCAUUGAAGGGGCUUAACUUUUCUCAUAAUGAGCUUACAGGUACAAUUCCACCCUCGUUUGGUGAUUUGAGCAAUCUUGAAUGGUUAGAUCUUUCUUCAAAUGGGCUUGUUGGUGAUAUUCUAGCGUUAUUGGUAAAUUUGACAUCACUUGAAAAGUUCAACGUUUUAGAAAACCAACUUGUCGGACCCACACCUUAUGGCAAGCAAUUUGAAAAUGAUUUGUAUAGUGGAAAUGUCGAAUUGUGUGGAUUUCCAUUUGCAAAAACAUGUAGUCCAUUUCAAUCAAUGCCAUCAUCAUUACAACAAGAAGAUGAUUUGGAGCAUGGGAGUGUAUUUGAUUGGAAGAUAGUGUUGAUGGGGUAUGCAUCUGGGGUGGUAAUUGGAAUCUCAGUGGGAUAUCUUGUACUUUCUAAUGAAACACCAGAUUGGCUUGUGAAAGUGGUUGGAAGAAAGCGAUGGCGUAAAAUCACACAACGGCGUGUUUGA